CAGCCGUCUGCAAGAAAACAAAAAGCAAAGAAUGCUGCAAAUCCCAGAAAUCAACAUCAACUCAAAAUCCUCAUCGAUAACACCAUACCCAACCAAGACCUUUUCAAUGAGUAAUGCUCUUUCUUGGUCGGUGGAAAUUUGUUUGCUGUAUGUUUUUUUAACCUCACUCAUCUGCACUGAUGCUAAAAACACUUUAGCCCCGCAUCACGUUUUGAAGAAUGGACAGACUUUAACGUCGGACAACAAGCGAUUUGAAAUGGGAUUUUUUAAUGUUUCUUCGAGAAGAGAUACCUCGAAUCGGGACUUGAAGUACCUGGGUAUAUGGUAUCGGGAAAUCAAACCAUUAACAGUGGUAUGGGUUGCUAACAGGAUGAAGCCCUUGCGUGGGAAUGGCGUCAAACUUCUUAUGAAUUCAUGUGGGCACCUCUUGCUUCGUGAUGAUGAAGGAAACAUGAUUUCCGUCGCCGGACUGAAUCGGCCUACGGCCAGGCCUUUACUGGUGCUCCUGGAUUCAGGCAAUCUUGUUAUUAAAAAUGGUAAAAAUCACUCUGAUAAAAGGUACGCUUGGCAAAGCUUUGAUUUUCCUUCUGAUACAUUGCUACCGGGAAUGAAGAUAGGUUGGGAUAUAAAAGCCAGGAUGGACCGUCUUCUGACAUCGUGGACGACAUCCGAGGACCCGGGGUACGGUGAUUUCGCGUUCAGAAUGGAGUCGCCAAGCUCGCCUCAGUUGCUGCUGGAAAAGAACGGGGUAACUCAAUCGAGGUGGGGUCCCUGGAAUGGGAAAAGAUUUAGUGGGACUAACAUGAAGGAAAACCCAGUUUUCAGGACUGUUUAUCAUUCCAGUCUUGAAGGGGUUUAUUUUAUGUUUGAAAUGUUGGAUGACUCCAUUUUACUGAGGUUGGUGGUGAAUUCGAUAGGCGCCAUACAAUUUUUGAAAUGGAAAAGUAGCUCUCAGUCUUGGGUUCCAAUGGUGACUUUGAAUAAGGAUAUCUGUGAUAGAUAUGAGUCCUGUGGGCCUUAUGGGAUUUGCAAUGCCGAAGAUCCAGGUUGCCGGUGUCUUAAGGGUUUUCUGGCGAAUUCACCCCAUGAUUGGGGUAGGUUAGACUGCACAGACGGUUGCAGGAGAAAGAAUGCUCUAAAUUGUAGUGGUGAUGAUGGUUUUGUGAAGUUCAAAGGACUAAAAUUGCCGGAUAAUUUUAGUGUGAGGAAGGGCUUGAACCCUAAAGAAUGUGGGGAUUAUUGUUUAAAGGAGUGCACUUGCAUGGCUUACACUAGCAUUGAUAUAUAUGGAAAUGGAAGUGAGUGUGUUGUUUGGUUGGAUAAAUUGGUUGAUAUUAGGGAUUCUACUCACGACGGAGACGAGCUUUAUAUCCGUAUGGCACGUGCUGAACUAGACUCUAUUUCCCAUGGUAAGAGGAAGAAGCAGGUUUCUAUAAUAUCCAGCCUCCUUUUGGCAGCAUUCCUUGGAGCAGUUUUCUGGUGUGCUACAAGCCAAUUUAGAUCCCUUACCAAGAAGGCAGACAAGCAAGAUGGACUACAAAGAAGGGAAUCCAUUUCAGUUCAGGAUGAUGAGAAUUACAUUCAAUUAUUUGACUUGAGCACAAUUUCUGCUGCAACCAAUAAUUUUUCCCUGACAAAUAAGAUUGGCCAAGGAGGUUUUGGACCAGUUUAUCAGGGAGAAUUACAAGAUGGACAAAAAAUAGCGGUGAAGAGGCUGUCAGAAAAUUCAAAUCAAGGGCUCCAAGAAUUUAAGAAUGAGGUGAGACUGAUCGCACAACUUCAGCACCGUAAUCUUGUUAAGCUUUUGGGCUGCUGUAUUGAAGGAGAAGAAAGAAUGCUCGUCUACGAGUACAUGCCAAAUAAGAGUCUUGACCAAUUCAUAUUUGAUCCAGCUAGAAAGAGACUGCUGCCCUGGGCAACGCGCAUUAGCAUUCUUAAAGGGAUAGCUAAGGGAUUAGAUUAUCUUCAUUUCGGUUCAAGAUUGAGAGUAGUUCACCGGGACCUGAAGGCAAGUAACAUGUUGUUGGACGAUGCGAUGAACCCAAAAAUAUCCGACUUCGGUUUAGCAAGGAAUUUUGAGGAUGAGAGGGAAGAGAUAACAAGGAGAGUGAUUGGAACACACGGUUAUAUGUCGCCAGAAUAUGUGAUGGAUGGUCACUACUCGACAAGAUCAGAUGUGUUCAGUUUUGGUGUUCUCGCACUAGAAAUCAUAAGCGGCCGAAGAAACUGGGGUUUUCACCACCCUGACCAUGAGUUUAAUCUUUUAGGGCAUGCAUGGAAACUAUGGAAUGAGGGAAGGGAAUUGGCAAUGAUAGAUCCAGCAAUAGAAGACUCCUUUGUGGAGGCUGAAGCCAGUAGGUACAUCCAAGUUGGUCUUUUGUGCGUGCAGAAUAGCUCUGAAGAAAGGCCAACAAUAAGUCAAGUGGUCUCCAUGUUGGAGAAUGAGACUGUAACAUUGCCGGAACCCCAAGAACCUGGAUUUUUCACCCGAAGAUCAGCUACAGGAUUUGCUGUAUCUCUGGAAUGGAACCAAGACAGUGUUAACGGGCUGACAGUCACAACAUUAACAGGGAGAGCAUAAUACAAACUGAAAACGAAGAUCAAACGCUACUGAUUAUUGUGUUUGAUGUAUGAUGAAAUGAAAACAAAUUGAUAUGCUUAACCAAAAUUUGUGAAACUCUUAAGUCGUGCGGAUAGAAGUUCCUCAUAACAAUUAAAAAUAGGUGCGAUGUUACUGACCUGGUCAGCAACAUUUUUUGAGUCCUGACCAACUGUAAACAGCCAAAGGGCAGAAAAUUUGCUAUAAUUGUUGAAGGAUUCUGCAAGAUUAC